GUUCGCCAGGGGAUUGGCUUGCCGCGAUCAUCACGAGGUAGCCGACACAAACGGGCCGGAAGCAGAUGGAGAAGACAGCACAUACGGUGAAAAUUUUUAUAGCGACAUUUGGUGAUCGGUCAUUGUUUUCUGUUUCGCAGCGUCAUUGGCAACAGGUGCAUAUGAUGGCAUCGUUGGUAUCACCUUGGUGGCUGUCACUGGAUACCCUAGAAAAGCCGCAACGGAAGGCGAAAAACCAAGCCUAUAGCUGUCUUGCUUAUAUCUUCAUGAGAAAGCUUAUAGUAUCAUUCUGUCAUAGUUUCCAUUGGACAUCCACGCGGACUCCUAAAGACGCACAACUCGCCUUUGCUGGCUCUGAGUCUGCGAUAAUCUUUACCAACACACUCGUUAUUACCUCUGCGAAGGGAUUUCAGCACAGUCAUGCCGCAAAAAGCCGCUCAGCAAGCUGGGAUUCCCGAAGGGCGCGGAGUCAGGUACGACGAGAUCGAUAUGGCGCUCUUCCGCGCCAAGCUCUCCUACCAUGCGACGGCCGAAGAGCGCAUGGCGUCGCGAGAUCCCAAUCUCGUCUCUAUCUCGGAACAUCAAGCGCGAUUGUUGAGGCUCUGGGAGAUGCAUCAGCACUCGAGGGAGGAAAAGAACGGCGGUAACAUGACACCGGCCGAGAGGAACCAGCUGGCGCAGUUUCAAUGGCGAUACAAACGAUUGGAGGACCUCGCCACGCAGGGCACGAGGUAGUAGCCAAGGACGAUAGCAGCAUCAACAUGAGAGUUAUUUGGAAGAGCGGCAUCAUGGGGCGUUUCGUUAGAUGUAGAUUCACGAAGCUUUUGGUUGUUGAUUCGAGACAACCGGCUGUGGGUGUUUAAAUGGCCCGUGAAUCCUGGUUGUUGUUCUGUUUCUUGUUCUUA